AUGGAAGAGCUCACCGCCUUCGUGUCCAAAUCCUUCGACCAGAAGAGCAAGGAGAACGCGGGCGGCGGCGCGGGCGGCGGCAGGAAGGACUCCACCACCUACCGCGAAGUUUUGGAGAGCGGGCUAGCGCGCGCCCGGGAGCUCGGCACCUCGGAGUCCGGCCUGCAGGACGCACCCGACGCCGGCGGGGCCCACUGCCCGGUCCACUUGUUCAAAGACCACGGGGACCCGGACAGGGAGAAGCUGAAGGACUUCGGACCGGCCAGGGCCUCGGUGGAAGGGAUCUACGACUGCAAGGAGAAGCGGGAGGAGGUAAAGUCGGAGGACGAGGACGGCCAGACCAAGCUGAAGCAGCGCCGCAGCCGCACGAACUUCACGCUGGAGCAGCUCAACGAGCUGGAGCGGCUGUUCGACGAAACGCACUACCCCGACGCCUUCAUGCGCGAGGAACUCAGCCAGCGCCUGGGGCUGUCGGAGGCGCGCGUGCAGGUGUGGUUCCAGAACCGCAGAGCCAAGUGUCGCAAGCAGGAGAACCAGAUGCACAAAGGCGUCAUCCUGGGCACCGCCAGCCACCUGGACGCCUGCAGGGUGGCCCCCUACGUGAACAUGGGCGCGCUGCGCAUGCCCUUCCAGCAGGUGCAGGCACAGCUGCAGCUGGAAGGCGUGGCGCACGCCCACCCGCACCUGCAUCCGCACCUGGCGGCCCACGCGCCCUACCUGAUGUUUCCGCCGCCUCCCUUCGGCCUCCCCAUCGCGUCCCUGGCCGAGUCGGCCUCAGCCGCUGCCGUGGUGGCUGCAGCUGCCAAGAGCAACAGCAAGAACUCCAGCAUCGCGGACCUGCGGCUGAAGGCGCGCAAGCACGCCGAGGCCCUGGGACUCUGA